AGGGUUUGAGCGGCGGACCGGCUCGGCGUGCUGAUGGAGGGGAUGGAGGGGCGGCUGGAGGAUGGCGUGUGUUACCGGCUUCACUUGGCCGGGGAGCCGCGGCCGAGCGGGGAAACCUCGCAGCAGCGGUUGGAGCAGAUCCUGGCCCUCCUGGCCUCGCCCUGCGGCAACUACAUCUGGCACAACGAGCCCUUUAAUCUGACGCACGUCCCGGCCCGAGGAGAGGUUCCUGCCCACAUCGGUGGAGUCACAAACUUUGGUGACAACGUGGACGAUGAAUGGUUCAUCGUGUACCUCAUUCAGCGGGUUUCAAAGGAGUUUCCAGACUUGGUGGCAAGUAUUGAGGAUAAUGAUGGGGAGUUCUUGUUGAUCGAGGCUGCGGAGUACCUGCCCAAAUGGUUGAACCCUGAGACCAGUACAAACAGGGUAUUUUUCUAUCAUGGAAAAUUGCACAUCAUCCCACUCCCUCAGAACCCAGGUGAAGUAUCAUGGUUGCCAGUUAGCAAUCCCACCCUCCCUCAAGCUCUGAGCCUACUCGCCACUCAUUCUGAAAAGUGCCUGGCAGCAGGGCCAAUACGUGAAGCUGUAGACAAACGUAUUCACAGUUUCCCAGGGAAGAUUCGAGAUAAUCAACACCAAGCUUACUGCUAUGUGCCAGCAGGUAUUGCAGCAGUAUUGAAACAUCGUCCUGACUUGUUGGCACCUGCUGUUCAGGCUUUUUAUCUGCGAGACCCCAUUGAUCUAAAUGCAUGUCGCAUCUUUAAAAUCUUUCAGCCAGAUACCCGUGUAAUGACUCUGGUGACAUUUACUAAAUGUUUGUACGCCCAAUUGCAGCAACAGCGAUUCAUCCCAGACAGGCGCAGUGGGUAUACACUGCCAGCACAAUCUGACAAGCACUUUAAAGCACAUGAACUGGGCAUGAAAUUGGCCCAUGGCUUUGAGAUCCUGUGUUCCAAAUCUUCACAACCUGUGGCUAAAACAGAGUCUGGAAUCAGCACGCAAAGUAACCCCCACUGGAAAGGAUUUUUGAGCAGUUUAACAAAGAGUGACUAUUUCAAGGGGGAGCUGGAGGGUUCUGCACAUUACAGAGAACUACUCCGAACAGCAGAAAUUUAUUUCCAACAGUCAGUCGUCAAACCUGAAAGUUCGUCUGCCUUCAACCCAGGGGAGAAUAUCCUGCAUCUUUUGCAAACUCUCUGCUACAGCGCAGAGGAACUAAAGAAAGAAGAAGACAACCUCCCUCCAGAGGAUGAUAACAGCUGGCUGGUAAUUUCACCAGAGGAGCUUGAUCAUAUGCUAGAGGAGGCUUCUGGGAAGAAACUGCUGAAUUCUGUCAGCCCAGAGGAGUGCUAUGAUUUGCAGGAGGUCACAGAAAGCAUGAAGGCUUUUGUAUCAAAAGUAUCCACGCAUGAAGGUGCAGAACUGCCAUGGUCUUCAUCUGCUAGUCAAGUCCAAUUUGACGUGAACACCUUUACCAGUGCCUUAGAAAAGAUUCUCAGUGUGGAAUCAGACGAUUGUGAUUCUGAUGAUAUAGAUGAUGAUGAUGAUUUCUUCGACGCUGAGUCUUACACUGAUGAGAGAAUGCAGGAAGGGGAGCCGUCAACCACAGAGACUCUUGAGAACCUUCGUGACUACAUGAAACAGAUGGACUUGGAGCUUGCAAGUACCAACAUUGGCAAAAGCUUUACCAAGGUGACGGAAGAAACUGGUUCAGACAGAUCGAAAACCAUUGUAGAAGCAGGCAAUGAAUCAGAGACCGAGUCAGAAAGGAAUGUGGAGACUCACCCUGUAGAUGUGGACUUGAAUCUGGUGCAGAAUCUGCUUCAGUCUUACAGCUCACAAACCGGCCUGGCUGGUCCCGCUUCCAACAUUCUGCAGAGCAUGGGUGUGCGGCUUCCGGAUAACCAGGAGAAUUGAAGCUCGUACUAGAAACUGUUAUUGUGAAGCCUCAGCAAUGAACACUUACCAGUGUCUCAAUCCCUAUCGCUGACUUCAAAAUGUGCAGUUACAUUCUAACUCGUCGGUGAAGUCUCGAAGGAUGUUUAUGACGAUCAAAAAGUGAGAUUUGUCAUGGACUAGAGUGGACGUGCAGUGGACUAAUUCAUGUGGAAUCAAUGAUCCUGUAUACUCUGUAUAUAGUAAAAAUAAGUUUUUGAGUAAAACCUUCAAAUUAUUUUCAAGACUAA